AUGGCCACUCCAGCAUUGCUUACCGCUGUCGACUCGACCAACCAUGUCCACUUGAUUGUUGGAUCCAACCCUCUGGCCGGUGCACGAUGCAACCGAGCACUCGAAGUCGGUGCAGUGCCCAAGAUCAUCGCCCCUGAAGAUGCACAAAUACACUACGCACUGGCAAAGAAGAUUGAAGACGGCAAGGUGGAAUGGAUCAAGAGAGAGUUUCGGGACGCAGACUUGACGAAUCUGGGACGAGAAGAGGUAGACAAUGUUGUGGAUGCCGUCUUUGUGACGACGGCAGGCAAAGGCUCCCUGAGCACACACAUUUCUACUCUCUGCCGCAGGUUGAGAAUUCCUGUAAACGUCGCCGAUGCACCGAACCUUUGCACAUUCACCCUUCUCUCCACCCAUUCCUCGGGGCCUCUACAGAUUGGUGUGACGACGUCUGGCAAGGGCUGUAAACUGGCUUCUCGCAUCCGACGUGAGAUUGCCUCUGCCCUUCCAUCUGACCUUGGUACCGCUGUUGAAAGACUCGGUACCAUCCGCCGUCGCAUCUGGGAAGAGGACCACGCCACUGAGAUGUCCAUGGACUUGGAAGCCGAAGAGGAGGACGCGGGUCAGAAUGCUCAAUUUAACAAGCUCAUCACACCCACCGACCUCGAAGCGGCUAGGAACAGACGCAUGCGUUGGCUCUCCCAAAUCUGCGAAUAUUGGCCCCUGCGUCGUCUGGCAGCUAUCACAGAUGCCGAUGUCGACGCUGUAUUGGCUUCCUACAGCGAGGAAUCCGCUGUCGUGGCCAGCACGCCUCUGCUUAGUCCCGGAGCCUUGGAUUCUAGAAGCCGCAAAGGUCGCAUCAUUCUAGCUGGAUCUGGUCCCGGCCACCCCGACCUUCUGACUGGGCUGACACUAAAGGCGAUUCGUGGUGCAGACGUUAUCCUUGCCGACAAGCUUGUUCCUGCUCCUGUUCUCGACCUGAUCCCCAGGCGUACGCCUGUUCACAUUGCAAGAAAGUUCCCUGGAAAUGCCGAAGCUGCUCAGGAAGAGCUUCUGUCUCUAGGUCUAGCAGCAGCAAAGCAAGGUCAAACUGUUCUCCGUCUGAAGCAGGGUGACCCCUACCUGUACGGUCGUGGUGCCGAAGAGUACGACUUCUUCCGCCGUGAAGGCUUCGAAGUCAGCGUUUUGCCUGGCAUCACUUCUGCUCUCAGCGCUCCUUUGUUCGCCAAGAUCCCUGUCACUCACCGUGCCGUCAGUGACCAGGUCUUGAUCUGUACUGGUACCGGCCGCAAGGGCGCUGCUCCCGAUCCUCCUGUCUACCUUGCAAACCAAACUUGUGUCUUCCUCAUGUCCCUGCACAGACUGAGCGCUCUCAUCGACAGCCUUGUCGCUGAGGGUAAGAACUACCCAAAGACCACGCCUUGUGCAGUCAUCGAACGCGCAAGCUGCACAGACCAAAGGGUCAUUCGCAGUACGCUCGAGUAUGUCUGUGCUGCCGUUGAGGAGGAAGGAUCCAGACCUCCUGGUCUUCUCGUUGUUGGUCUUGCAUGCGAGGUGUUGGAAAAGAACCACCAGAAGUGGGUUGUCGAAGAAGGCUUCAAUGGUUUCGACAACCUUGGUGAAGGCAGUCUUGAUGAACUUAGCGCUGAGCUCCGUGGCGCUACUUGA